UCCACUUUAAUACAUCCACUCAGACAUCCAUGCAGUGUGUCAACAGAGCACAGUGCAGUUUGAUUUCAGACAGGAGCAGGAUACUGAAGGCAGCUCUCCACCUCCAGCCUUUUCUUCCAGCAAAAUGAGCACCGAACCAGUAGUAAUCGUUUCUGCUGCACGGACGCCAAUAGGGUCCUUGAAUGGUGCUCUAUCCACGGUCCCACUUCAGGACCUGUGCUCAGUGGUGAUCAAGGACGUACUGAAGCGAGCUGGGGUCAAACCAGAGGAUGUCUCUGAGGUUAUCAUGGGACACGUCCUAACGGCAGGUCAUGGGCAGAACCCGGCUCGUCAGGCCAGUGUUGGUGCAGGUAUUCCUUAUCCUGUCCCUGCAUGGAGCUGCCAGAUGGUGUGUGGUUCUGGGCUGAAGGCUGUGUGUCUGGCAGCUCAGUCCAUUCAGACCGGAGAGUCCACUGUGGUGGUAGCAGGUGGCAUGGAGAGCAUGAGCAGGGCUCCUCACACAGUGCAAAUGAGAGCAGGAGUGAAGAUGGGCGAUGCCUCCCUGCAGGACUCCAUGGUGGCCGACGGACUGACAGACGCCUUCCAUGGCUACCACAUGGGAAUCACAGCUGAGAAUGUGGCAAAGCAGUGGAGCGUCAGUCGAGAGGAGCAGGAUCGCUUCGCUGUCCAGUCUCAGAACAAAACGGAGGCGGCACAGAAAGCAGGAUACUUUGAUCAGGAGAUUGUUCCUGUCAUGGUGCCAUCCAGAAAAGGUCCAGUGGAGGUGAAGGUGGAUGAGUUUCCUCGACACGGCAGCAACAUGGACAGCAUGUCCAAGCUCAGACCCUGCUUCAUCAAGGACAGCAGCGGCACCGUCACCGCUGGAAACGCUUCAGGUAUAAAUGACGGAGCAGCAGCUACUGUCCUGAUGAGCCAAUCGGAGGCUGUGAGGCGUGGCGUUAAACCGAUGGUCAGAAUUGUAUCCUGGGCUCAAGCUGGCCUGGACCCGUCUGUCAUGGGAACUGGACCAAUACCGGCCAUCAGGAAAGCGGUUGAGAAAGCAGGCUGGCAGCUGGACCAGGUCGACUUAUUUGAGAUUAAUGAAGCCUUUGCUGCUCAGUCUGUUGCUGUGGUCAAAGAGCUGGGCCUGAAUGCAGACAAGGUGAAUGUGAGCGGCGGGGCCAUCUCUCUGGGUCAUCCCAUCGGCAUGUCCGGCUGCAGAGUGCUCGUCACUCUGCUGCAUGCACUACAGAGAACUGGAGGUCAUAAGGGAGUGGCGUCUCUCUGCAUCGGAGGAGGGAUGGGUAUCGCCAUGUGUGUGGAGAAGGUUUGACAUGAAUAUCCAAUGCUGCUUAACAGAUUGCACUCAACAUCGUUUUUUUUUUUUUUUUUUAAAUGGAUAAGGGACAAUGACACUUAAUGUUUACACAGCACGGUAAAAUGUAAAACAGUUUACCUGAUUUCUUCCAGUCAAUGUACUUGAGGUAAAUGUGAGUCCAUGUUGUGGUCUUAUCCAGCAGUAGCUCACCAUUCUCACUGUGACCUUCAUUUAAAUUCAACCUUCAGGUUUUAGCUGUUGAAGACUUAAAUCAUAGAUGUCUCGGUAUUAAUAUGAUGCAGUCUAGUGUAUACAGAGAGCUUCUACAUAUAUUGGUAUUAAGAUUCUUAUAACCUGGAUAAAUUAGUACCAUACUGCAGGUAAUAGUUGUUUGCAAGAAGACUGUUAAGAAUGAAAGUUUACUUUAAAAUCAGCUGCUUUUAGUUACCUACACAGCUGAAAAGGGUAAAACACUAAAACUUAUGAGGCCAGCUUUUAGUACCCAGUAUGGACAGGCUUUGGAAGACAUGCUUUCUUCUAUGUAGAGCAUCAUUUUUAACUUGUGGUGUAAUUUACUGAAACUUGUUCUAAGCAUUCCAGUAUCUCUACUUAUGGAAUAAAUGGACCUUUUCUCUCUGA